CUCAUUCAUAACAAUUGCUUCGCCUAUAACCCUGACGGCCACUGGAUUCGGCCUCUCGCCGAACAACUAGUCGAGGCGAUUCAAGCCAAACUGAAGUUCAUGAGGUUCUGGCUACAGGAAGUCGAGAAACAUAUUCCUCCUGCCUCUUCUCCCCCUGCGACUGGCUAG